AUGCACGCCGAAGCGCCAAUAGAAAGUCCUCCACCUGAGAUACGGGUCCUCAUCUUGGAUUCGAUAGUCUCUCCCAUCGACUUCAGAUCGUUCGCCACAUCAUCGCCCAUUUACUUGGAGACUUUCCGUAAGUAUCGUCACAGCCUCCUGCAAUCACGCUCAACUGAGAUGUCAACUCUUUUCCGGGAUGAGUAUCUACUUUCACAAGCUUUGCUAGCCUGCCGGCUCCAGUGGAUUAGCCGUGACUUUCCCUAUAUGGAUCCAACAGACAUAGAGCAGAAGGUCAAGUCAACAGUACAAUCGCGCUCGCGAAAUACAGACAGUCAACAAUGGCAGGGCAGCCUGUUUAUGCUUUGCGAGCUAUAUCGUUUACGAGAAGAACUCAGCUAUGCUGUCGCUGAGUAUGCGGUUGAGGCGUGGAAGAAGUUGGUAAAUGAUGCUAAGCAAUUGAGGGGGCUUCAUCUCAAGUGGCCCCUCAGGUACGACCAGACCCUCCGAUUAUCUCACCAGGAGAUUUGCCGAAUCGAGGAGGGUUUUAUCGAGUUUGAGAUUCGCCGUCACUAUCUUCAUUUCCAGUGCACUAAGCUAUGCGAUGCUGGAGUACCGCUUGGAAUGCGAUUUCCUAUUUGGUCUUCAAGUACACCUAUGAGUCCAACAAUCUUGGAAGGAUAUGCAGAACCUGACUGGAACCUGAGAGCUUUCCAGUCCAUAUUCCGCUUCAUGCUUGAUAAGCAUCGAGGGAUGGUUCACCUUGUGCACGAUGCCACUUCUUCAGUUUCGCAUCUGGACCGGCUUUUUCAGAGACGAACACUCCACCAAGAGCUUGAAUUUGCCACGACUCUUUGUACCCAAGGAUUGAAACUGCUUGGGAGACUGCGAUUUAUGUCCACGGCCAAUAUCCAACAGUUUAUAGUAACAAGCUUCCAUUGUUACGUGAUGAGGAAGCCAUUAAUUGAUAGGUCUUGUGAGGGACAGAACAUGGCAUCUCUUGAUAGUUAUCUCGAAAUCAUAAGUGGAGAGGUUGACCCCGCGUAUUGGCUGAUGGUGGAACAUGGGACAGCAUAUUGGAAUUCUGAUUACAGUUGUGAUCCCUGGACACGAGCACGAUACUUCUGGGAUCGAAGCAGGAUUGAAUACCUUCGUAGCUUUAAAGAUGGAGAUACCAGGCCUUCUGAUGUGUAUAACCCUAGAUAG